UGACACAAUUACCUCAAGAAUCGAUCACGAUGAAUUGCACGUCAGCGUACGUUUCCGAUUUUUUCUUCCUCGCGAGUCCUAUCCACACGCAUAUGGUGCAAUAGAUGGGCAAAGUUUAACAGUCAAGCAGACGAUUUUUCCUCUAAGACUAAAGCGAGCAAUGACGGACUACGAGGAUCGCAGCAACUGUGCAUCUAAUAUGUAUUUACCGUACUAUGUUUCUGCUCCUGAUUUUUCGUCGGUCUCAUCGUUUUUACCCCAAACUACAGCGUGUCAAGUCAAUUUUCCCUAUUCCUCCAACCUAGCGCAAGUCCAACCUGUUCGUGAAGUGACUUUCAGGGACUAUGGACUGGAUCAUCCGAGCAAAUGGCAUUACAGGGGCAAUUACGCUUCGUACUAUUCAACUGAGGAAAUAAUGCACCGAGAUCUCCUGCAGUCAUCAAACAGAGCGGAAAUGAUUUUUAAGAACGAUUCCAUGUAUAGCCAUCACGGUGGUACUAACUCCUCGUGCAAUUUCUUCACCAACGUCGGCCAAAAUGGGGUGCUUCCACAAGGAUUUGAUCAGUUUUUUGAGUCUGUUAACUCUGAGAAGCCCAACCCUGAGCAGUCCAAACAAAAGCCAGAUACGAGUGUCCCCGGAGAUGCUGCAUGCAAUGUGUCUACAGACAGCGCGGAGCAGACCAAACGAAACCCCACCGAAACCAUGGAGGAGGAAUCCUCAAUAUCAACCUGCGACGAAGAAAAGAACAGCGACUCAAGUGCAACAAAGUCCAGAAAAAAGAGAUGCCCAUAUUCGAAAUACCAGAUCCGAGAACUUGAACGAGAAUUCUUUUUCAAUGUUUACAUAAACAAAGAGAAACGUCUGCAGUUGUCCAGAAUGCUCAGCCUUACAGACCGACAAGUGAAGAUUUGGUUCCAGAACCGAAGGAUGAAAGAGAAAAAGUUGAACCGGGAUCGUCUCCAGUAUUUCACUGGAAAUCCAUUGUUCUGAAAGCCAUGAUAUUGACCGAUGAGACGCUGAAACGAUGGAUAUUCUAUUAUGGCAUAAUUGUGGGACAUCAUCCAUUCGUCGGACACCUGGGUUUUUUUCACGUCAACUCUGUAUUUUAAUACUAUGCAAAAUAUUUGCUAUCAAAAAUUAAUGAGAUCUGCCAUUCAAAUUCUGCACAAAUGAUCUACAACAGUGUAUUCGCGAUGACGGAAAUUAUGAGUUAUCAGGAACAGAUAGGUACCUCGACAAUCUCUUCAUACUCUGUGUUAAUGCCACUGAAAUGCAGUAGCUUUGUAUUUGUAUUUAUUUAUUGUGUUUUGAAUUGUUCCAUGAAAUACAUUCAAGUUCUGCAUAAGCAGCAAUACGUUUGGUUACAUUAAAUCAGUACGUAAUUACAUUGAGGUAGAACUGUGUAUGCAUUUAUUCGUUUGAAGCAUGUAAUGUAUCUAUGUAUUGAAUAAAUAAAAAAAUACACCAUAUUUCCAUC